CAAUACAGCCAACAUGGCAACAUAAAUAUUGUUUUCCCUUGUUUUGUUAUUACUUGGGAAUUGUCCUGAUGACUUCAAUAUAUAAACGCUUUAACAAAACGUGAAAUCUCUCUUAUUUGGUCAGGAUCAUUCGUUCUGCGAUGUUUCUAGUGAGUGAGCGUUCAAGGUUACUGCUCCAAGGCAAUGUCAAAGAGGCUCUGCAAGUUUAAUCCAUUCUUUUCCAGGGAAUGGCUUGACCCACAACAGUCAAUAUACCAGAUCUGUUCUCCUACCGAAGACGAUGAGAUGAGAAGGAAAGAAAAUUAUUCCACGCUGCUUUAAAUAUGUUGAUAUUUUAACUUUUAAGUUUCGAGUACAGCGCAUUGCACUGUCUUUCAUAUGUCAAAUUUGUUUUAAAGGAGCCAAAUCUGCUGCACACCAUUUGAUUUGCUGUAAAUGUGUUAAACUGGUCGUGCAAUAAGCAACACCAUCAGCUCCGCCUUCUCCCUGAUUUAGGGCGUGCCCAGCCCCCUCCCUGUGGUUUUGAGCGAUGCCCAGAGCUGUCUUUGUGGAAGUUAUCCCCCGGUCCAGUCACUCCCGCUCUUUGUUUCCUGGGGGGACACUAAAGUCCCGCGGACCAGGCGGCGCUGUUACUCAGGCCGACUGAAGGACGCUCGGGUCUCGGGCACCGCGGAGGCGCCUCAAAGAGGAGGAAGCCCUUGCGAUUGUGACCUCAGAGGUCGGAGAGCGGGAUAGUUUCCUUCUCUUACGAAAUCUUGAAAGGUAGACAACCACUGUCCAGAAUCCACUCUGAAUUCUCUGCAGUUCUUUGUUAAGCAAAACUAAGUGUUUCCAACUUCAGGUUAGUCUGCAAUUAAGUAAAGCAAGAAAUUGGAAGAAUGCUCACAAUACGAACGUGUUUUCUACAGUUGUCACACGCGUUAAAAGCAAAACCAGUGUGCAAGAGGGUAACUUCAGUCUGCAUGGUGCAUAGACACUCUCACAAGUUAGCUUCUAUCCACAGUGUCUUCAAACUUAGUGAGAAGAAGCAAAACAGUAUUAUUUUUCCAUUCAAAGACUUGGAAAGGUACCUGGUCAAAAAUGUAAAUAAAACGAAGUUUCAAAUGUUUGCUCCAAGUUUUGAGGAUAUUGGAAAUGCAGAACAACUCUUCACACCUUCACAUAAGCACUGUAUCGAUUAUUUCACCUCUGCUGUCAGGAUUGAUCAUGCACCAACAACAGCACAGCCAGAGGUUUGUUUUAUAGGCAGAAGUAAUGUGGGAAAGUCUUCAUUGAUAAAAGCAUUGUUUUCCCUGGUUCCUGGCAUUGAAGUUAGAGUUUCAAAAAAUCCAGGACAUACAAAGAAAAUGAAUUUCUUUAAAGUAGGCAAGGCGUUUACUGUCGUUGACAUGCCUGGCUAUGGAUACAGAGCACCUUCUGAUUUUGUGGAAAUGGUAGAAAGAUAUCUCGAGGCAAGACAGAAUUUAAAGAGAACAUUUUUGCUAUUGGAUGCAUCAAUAGGAAUCCAGGAAGCAGAUCAUAUAGCAAUUGAAAUGUGUGAAGAGUUUGGCAUUCCAUUUGUUCUUGUAUUAACAAAGAUUGACAGGCCUCAGCAAGGCAAUCUGCUGAAGAUCAUUCUAGGAGUACAAGGAGCGAUAGAAAAACAAAUGUCAGGGUGCUUUCCUCAGCCGUUCCUCGUGAGCUCUUUGAAUUAUUCUGGGAUUCAUCUGCUGAGAUGUUUCAUAGCUCACGUGACUGGAAAUCUUCAGAUUAAUGAACAUAAUUCCACGUCUUUAAGAUCAGGAGUAAAUUCUGCAAAGAUAUGAAAAUUGGUUUCAGAACAGCACUGCAUGUCUACAGUAUCAAAUACCGAUUUGAUUUGAAGGAACCACUGAAUGCAGAUUACGUGCAAAUAGAAAAGUCAAAUUGAAUUUGACCUAAUUGACAUUAUGUGUUCAUAGAGUCAUAGAGAUGUACAACAUGGAAUUGGCUCCUUUGGUCCAACUCAUCCGUGACAACCAGAUAUCCUAAAUUAAUCUAGGUCCAUUUGCCGGGAUCAUGGGAAAUAUUACAGAACAUAUGUAACAUCUUUGUGGAAAAUUGUGGAGUUUAUAUAUUCUGUUUACAAAAUAGAUUUAUUCUGAUUGUUUAAGUAGAAUCAGUUCCUGUUAUUCCUAAAACGUAUUUCAGAUUAUGAUUCCUAGAACCUUGCUCCAUCAUAAUUAUUCAAAUUCCAUUGUUGCAUUUCUUUAAAAAGUACGUUUGAAAGAUUGAAACAGUUGAAAUGUUGAAAGCUUUUUCCCAGCAAUUUACCCUUUAAUGUGCAUCAAGUGUAUUCACGCAGAGCAAGAAAUUUACUUUCAAUAGUAGGUUGCUGUUAAUGCAUUCAAAUGUGAAACAAGGCUAUUCACAUGCUGGAUACAACAGAACAGCUUUGCAGCAAGAAGCAUUUUAUGAUUAUCAUGUCUUCUUGACUGACAUUAUCUUUCAGAAUUAUUCUGGGUUUUCUCUAUCAUGAGAACACAGUAUGAUAUUCUAAAAAUGACAGUGGCAAAAACAUUGCAUGUCUCAUAUUUUAAGCUUUCUGUUUUCCUCAGCUGAUCAGCCAAAAGUCAAAAUUUACAAGUGCCUUAUAUUCUGUGCUCAGUCCUUUUAGUUUUCAUAGGAGUUGUUAAGAACAUUACUCACUUUAUAUAGUGAUGAAGAUAAAUAGUCACAUUCUAAGAAUGAAUUUUAAAAAAGGAUGCUAGUUUCCAUUAAAACUUGACAAAAAGAGGAUUGAAAAGUUCUCAUGGUGAUUCCUCAUCUUUGCAUUGGGCAUCAUCUUCCAUCUUGUAGCCGAUUGAAAACAUAAUCAUGCCUAUCAAGAUUCCAGGCACAAACUGCAGUCCUGCUUUUAUACCGUUAAUAAGCCAUUGCAGUUAUGUGAUGAAUAGUGUAGUUCUUAACUUUGUGUAAUAGUGUACUGUAAAACAUUAAAUAAAACAUCCUGUCACUAAAUGAAGGAUCUGUCUUA